ACGCGCUGGCGGGUGCGGCGAGGCGGUCGCUUCGAGCUUGCUAGUUUGCUCCCAGAAGGGAGUGAGGGCGGUUGGGUGCAGCCGGGCACUUUUUUUUUUUCCUUUCCCUGGGAGAAGUCCUUUGCUUCUCAGCUGUAAUGCACUUUUAAGUUUGUUAUUCAACAGUGAAAAUGAGUCAUACGGAGGUUAAAUUAAAAAUACCUUUUGGAAAUAAAUUGCUAGAUGCGGUUUGUUUGGUACCUAACAAGAGCUUAACAUAUGGAGUAAUUCUUACACAUGGAGCAUCAGGAGAUAUGAAUCUUCCUCAUUUGAUGUCACUGGCAUCCCAUCUUGCAUCUCAUGGGUUUUUUUGCUUGAGAUUUACCUGUAAAGGCCUUAAUAUUGUGCAUAGAAUUAAGGCUUAUAAAUCAGUUUUGAAUUACCUAAGGACUUCAGGGGAAUACAAACUUGCAGGUGUCUUUCUUGGAGGUCGUUCAAUGGGUUCAAGAGCAGCUGCUUCUGUAAUGUGUCAUGUUGAGCCAGAUGAUGCUGAUGAUUUCGUUCGAGGUCUCAUUUGUAUUUCUUACCCGCUGCACCAUCCAAAGCAACAGCAUAAACUCAGGGAUGAAGAUCUCUUUCGUAUAAAAGAUCCUGUACUGUUUGUGUCAGGCUCAGCAGAUGAAAUGUGUGAAAAGAACUUGUUGGAGAAAGUGGCACAGAAAAUGCAAGCUCCUAAUAAAAUCCACUGGAUUGAGAAGGCAAAUCAUUCCAUGGCAGUGAAAGGACGGUCAACAAAUGACGUUUUCAAAGAAAUAAAUACCCAAAUUCUGUUUUGGAUCCAAGAAAUCACUGAAAUGGACAAGAAAUAGUUGUCAUUUGUUAAAAAGCCAUAUUGUUUUGAAUCCAAAAAACAGUUGUUUUGAUAAAGAAUAGCUUAACUCUCAGCAUUAUGAGAUCUCUUUCAGACUAACUUCAUGUUCUUUAAUGUUGCCCUUUUAAAGAAACGUUUCAAUUGUAAAAUUAAUGUCUUUUAAAAAUUUUCUUUUGAAAGCAUUGUUAUAGUUGUAUAAAGAUGUUGUACAAAUAUUGAAGGUGGUCUAAAUAUAAUUUAUUUUCAUUAGUAUAGUUGAGUUUUGAAAAAUAUUAAACUUUUAGAUUUUG